AAGCUUUAUAUCUGCUCAGAAUCCUGGAGUCUUUCUUACAGCUGAGAUAACUUUCUGCCCGUUGUUUUUCCGAAGGGAGCAAGUUUUUCUAUUUGUUUUUCCUCAGCAAGCAUACAUCGUGUACUUUGGGGUUGAAUUUGGAAUUUUUUUUUUUUUUUUUUUUUGGAAACUAGAUGACUAUUGUCUUACAUAAUCCAGAUUGAAUAAAUACAAUUAUUAAUUUAACAUAAAUCUGGGAUUUUCCAACUUCUCAUCCACAAAGCGAGUAUAGACAUCCCUGGAGCUGUAGCCCCGUCAGAAUGCAUGGCGACCGGCAUCACGCUGAGGAUAUUGAACAAAGUCCAGUAGAGCUGUUGCCCAGAAAUCCAUACUGUUCGAAUAAAGGAACCCACUGUGGUUGUAGAUUGCCCACGGGGACCCUCCAGCCGCAGUGGGUUACAGCAAAACCAUGGUCACUCUGGAAAACAUUUCUGGUGUGUCUCCUGGCCUGUCUAAUUGCCACAACACUUGUUGUUCUGGUCUUAUAUUUUGUCCACUUCAGCAAGCCCAUCAACAGUACAAACAUCACCAUUCACGCAGAUGGAAAGUCAAAUCGUGUCACCUGCAUCCCUGGUUCUACCCCAUCUCCUGCCUUAUCAACCCUGCCUGGAUCUCCUACCCCUUUGCCCAACCAAAGCUCCCCCGCCAAGGUGUCUCCAUCCCCCAUGGAGACCACUAAAACAACACUGGAGCAUGAAAUUAUCAUUGAAGACGAAAAAUGACAUUUUUGAGCCCUUAGCAUUCCUCCAGCAAGAUCAACACCCUCCCCCCGGAGGAGGCAUGUCCAGGGGUCCUCUCUUUCCUGCCAAGAGGUGACAAAGCAUUUGGUUUUAUGAGAGCUUGCCCUUUUUGCUCCAAUCAUUGGCUGAAUUCCCAUAUCGCAAUGACUCAGUCUUAGACCCUCCAAUGUUCAAAUGAUUGCAAAAAGAUUUUUUUUUUCAACUGAGCCCGAUUCAUUCAGGCUGGGGCCCAGAACUUCCUUUUUAAUCUCUCCUAUACAACCAACUUUAUUCUUCACAAAUGGUUUCCACUGAGGAAGAGGAUCCCACUUCACUUUGCUCCCUGCCUGUUGGCUCUUACGCCAGUGUUUACCAUCUAGCUAUUGCUUCUUUUACAGUCUCAUAUACUUCACUAUAUCCAGCAUUUGUAUUCCAGCGGGAAGAAGGAAAUGUUCAAUUAAAGUACUUAAUGAGCGGGUGGGAGGUUGGGGGGACCAGGUGGUGGGUAUUGGAGCGGGCACGGAUUGCAUGGAGCACUGGAUGUAGUACAAAAACAAUGAAUACUCUUACACUGAAAAUAAAUUUAAAAAAUUAAAAAAAAAAAGUACUUAACGAGCAAGAGUUUUUAAAAUACCUGUCAGGUAUUAGAGACUCAUUUCUCUUGUUGGGAAAUUCAGAAAAGAGAUUAGUGAAGUUAGGAAUAAUCAAGGAAGAUUUUGGAGAAAAACUAAGAGUUGAAAAAGAAUGAAAAAUUGGAUUUAGGUAGAGGUAAUUAAAAUAGAAAAUGAGAGGGUGAAAAAAGAAUUAAUAGAUUUAAAAUUAAAAGCACCCUUAGAAACACUUAGAAACAUUCAAAUGUAAUGUAUUUUACAUAUUUACAUUUUUUCAGUGAUAUUGUCAACAUCAUUUUCCACAUUUGAUAUUUUCCUUAAUAUCUAAAAUACCAGAAACUACUCCUUACAAAAUUUGAGCUCUAAAAUUGUUUUGUAUUUUGUACUAUAAUUUUGAGGGCACAUAUUGCUUGCGAUUUGCUACACGCAAGAUGUGUUCAAUAUUUAUAUUGAGUGUUUAAUAUUCACUGAAAGCAUAUACAUUUCAUUCUGGGAGAGACUUUGGAGUUAAAUGAACCUUUCCAUUCCACUCCCAACCUCUAAACUCUAUAAAAAUGGGAGACUGUC